AUGGGAUCGUUUGUGGAGGAACUGUGGUCGAGCAUCUUUACCCCGGGUCCAACCCCGACCUUGCUCGUCGCGACCAACGCCACCUUUGCGGCCCUCCAACUCGUUCUGUUCGCCCUUCUCCUCACGACAUACAGCAUCCAUUUUGUCGUCCUAUCGCUCCUCUCGGCAUCCCUGUGGUGGUCGAUUAACUGGUUUGCUCGGGAAGUGAGGCAAGUACAGGCCGCCGAAGCCGAGAAGGAGAGGUCAGCCCGGGAGAUUCCGACAGACGUCAAGGACAAGCACGACGGCAAUAGAAAAACCCCCGGUUCUCUCGACAGCACCGACAGUGACACAGAGACGGAAAGUAUCACGGAAUACAACAGAAGCCCGGAUCCAUCCGGGUCCGCUCUACGAUCCACCCCAGUCCCGACUACACUUCAGCCAGCAGAAGCCUCGGGAGAGAUUCGUAAGCGUCUCAGUGUGGGCGGGGAUAGCUCGGGCUACGUGAGCACAGACAGCGAGUGGGAGAAGGUGGACAACAGUAAUGCAACCUAG